UGUUGGCCAAACUUACUCUUCUUUCCUUUUUAGAUUAUUCUUUCUUUUAAUUUUUUCUUUCUUAAAGUAUUUUGCUUUAAACGUGUGAGAGAUCGCUUUGCUCUGAAAUUUCAACCUUAGUUCCUGUUGAUCCCUAUAUUCUUCGCCGUGUUUGAGAAGAAUCUCAUCUUUUGCCUUCUUCAUCGAAUUUCGCGUCAAGAAGUUUGGAAAAGUUUUUAAUUUUAUCAUCCUUCUUUCAGCAAAUUAUCUCUAUAGUUACCUUUGGAGCGUUUACUGCGGAUUCAGAGCUAAAGAAUGCGUGCACCAUCGUUGCUAGCACAAUGCUUGCCAGGUUUGCUGCCUCAAGAACGAGGUGGUGUGUCUGCAUUAUCAGAGAAGGAUUUGCAGCUUCCUACACCAGCUGUUGAGAUCAUACCUUCUAAGACCGCAGCUCAUCACAGAUAUUCUGGGGAGAAUCUAGAUGUGCUCGGUUUACAAGUUUUCAAGGGAAAAGUAAGUGUUUCUGAUAUGAUCGGGCUCUCGGGUUCAGAAAGUGCUCCUCUAAAAAAUGAAGGCUCUCUGAAAAGUUGGGAAAGUUCUAUCGUUCUUGUUAAUGUCCUUAAAAACGAAAUCCGCGAUGGACAGCUUAGCUUCAGGGGCAAAAGGGUCCUUGAGCUAGGUUGCAAUUACGGAGUUCCUGGGAUAUUUGCCUGCUUGAAAGGUGCUUCCUCAGUCCACUUCCAAGACCUCAGCGCAGAAACAAUAAGAUGCACAACCAUCCCAAACGUUCUUGCAAACCUUGAGCAAGCUCGAGACAGGCAAAGCCGUCAGCCAGAAAGCCCACUCACACCAUCAAGACAAGCUGUCUCUGCAUCAGUCCGUUUCUAUGCAGGAGAAUGGGAAGAGCUCUCGACCGUUCUAUCCAUCAUUAGAACAGAUGUCCUUGAACCAGCUAUUCCUGCAACGAACUUGAGCUUUUCGGAGGAAGAUUUCAUGGAUGGUUGUAGCAGCCAAGACGGGAGCAUUACAGGACAGCAAGAUUUCUCCUCGAGGCGAUCGAGGAAGCUCUCGGGAAGCAGAGCGUGGGAAAGAGCCAACGAGACUGAACAAGGAGGGGAAUGUGGAUAUGAUGUUAUACUAAUGACCGAAAUCCCUUACUCGGUUACUUCUCUGAAGAAACUAUAUUCUCUCAUAAAGAAGUGCCUGAGACCGCCAUACGGGGUAAUGUAUUUGGCGGCGAAGAAGCAAUACGUAGGAUUCAACAGUGGAGCGAGACAUUUGAGGAACUUGGUUGAUGAAGAAACUAUAUUAGGAGCUCAUUUGGUAAAGGAAACGACAGACAGAGAUAUCUGGAAGUUCUUCCUCAAGUAGGCGUAGAAGAACACACUCAUGAACCAUGUGUGACCAAAACAUUCUGCAAGCCAACAUAAGUCAAAUACAAAACAAUUUUUUCUUUAAUGUAGCUAUGCAAUGAUGUAACUGAAGAUCCUAUCUUCAUUUCUCUUUUUUUUCACUAUCUUGGUGGUUCCUUCAUUUGAUUUUUGUAUGGAUUCAUAAUUAGAUGAAAGUUGUCCAGUAAAUGUUUA